AUGAAUUUGCAUUCGCUGUUGCGCAAGGCCAAGCAUGGCCUUGAGGACGUCUUACCCGGCGGCGAGGAAAAGCAUUCGCACACCCACGACGGGCACGAGUGUCACGAGGAGGAGGCCCACGCCGAGUACGGCACCAAUCGCUACUGCUCGUUUGCGCCCCAGAGUUCGGGGCAUGCCAAGUGGCAUGUCGAUGGCGCCUCGUACUUCUGGGCCGUGUCGAUGGCCUUGGAAGAGGCCCGCGAGUACGUCUACAUUUUAGACUGGUGGCUGACCCCCGAGCUGUACCUGCGUCGGCCUCCGGCCCGCAAUGAGCGCUACCGACUGGACAACAUGCUCAAGGCCGCGGCCGAGCGUGGCGUCAAGGUCAACGUGAUUGUGUACAAGGAGGUACCCCAGGCUUUGACGUGUAACAAUAUUAGUGGACUCCACACAAAACACGCCCUCGAGGCCCUCCAUCCUAACAUCAAGGUGUUCCGCUACCCUGACCAUCACACCAGUGGAAGUGACGUUUUGUCUGGAUUUCAGGGGCUGCAUACUAGCCUUCAGAGCUUCAGCCUCAAGACCUUUGACCUAGCUAAGGCGUCCCAAGAUGUGGUCAAAGGUCUCUAUGGCACCGCCGACGACAUCACUUUGUUCUGGAGUCAUCAUGAAAAGCUCUGCUUGAUCGACGGGAAGAUUGCGUUCAUGGGAGGCCUUGAUAUGUGCCAUCCCAUUGCCGAUGCCCACCCUGGGAAUAUUGACGAUGUCAUCUUCCCUGGGCAGGAUUACAACAAUGCGAGAGUGUAUGACUUUGAAGAUGUUCAGAAGUGGGAGAACAACAAACUCGACCGCACAAAGAGUUCGCGCAUGGGCUGGUCCGAUAUCAGCAUCAGUCUCUCGGGGCCCAUCGUUGACAGCCUCGCCAUUCACUUCACCCAGAGAUGGAACUUCAUCUUUAAACAGAAGUACACCAAUCGGGAUGUUGGAAAGUACGCAUUGCUGAGCCCGCCGGGCGCCCACCGUGGUCCGGAGAGCCAUCUCCUUGACGAAAACGAACUUUCUUUUGGUGGCCUGCAGAACCGUUUCACUCGCCACGUGCAUCGAUUUCUCGGCGAGGAGGAGGAACCGCGUCAUGGACCGCACAGGGAUAGUGAGGGUGCCCAUAUCCAGUUGACCAGGAGUUCUUGCAAGUGGUCGUUGGGCAUUACCACGGAGCAUUCGAUCGCAAAUGCAUACAUUGAGUCCAUCAAGAAUGCUAGGCACUUCGUGUACAUUGAGAACCAGUUUUUCAUUACGGCCACAUCGGACAAGCAAAGGCCGGUCAUCAACAAGAUCGGCCGCGCCAUCGUCGACCGCAUUAUCCGUGCCCACCAGAAUGGUGAGGACUUUCACCUCGUGGUCAUGAUGCCCGCCGUCCCUGCUUUCGCUGGCGACCUCAAGUCUGAAGGUGCGCUGGGCACCAGGGCUAUUAUGGAGUUCCAAUAUGCCUCGAUCAACCGUGGCGGCAGCAGCAUCAUCGAAUCAUUGCGUAACGCUGGAAUCCAAGAUCCGCAUCAAUACAUAAACUUCUACAACCUCCGCAACUACGACCGCAUCAACGCCAACGCCGUCAUGGGCCACGUAGAACGCGAAAGUGGUGUUCCGUAUGAGGAGGCGCGCAGAGACUACGAUGACCGCUACGAAGGACAUCAUAACCGCCAGCGCCGCCACGAUGACAACAGCCAGUACCACCGCUACCAAGAAGCCUCCAACCGCGUCUCUGACGAGACAUGGGACUCCAUCUCAGCCUGCUACAUGGACAACGGCCCAGACCUCCGCAACCUCCCAUGGGCUGGCCGCCGCGAAGACGAGUUUAACGCCUUCGUAUCAGAACAGCUCUACAUCCACAGCAAGGUCCUCAUCGCCGACGACCAGCUCGUGAUCUGCGGCUCCGCCAACCUCAACGACCGCUCCCAACGCGGCGACCACGACAGCGAGAUCGCCGUCGUCAUCGAAGACCCCACCCCCGUAUCCAGCACUAUGAACGGCCGCCCCUACACAGCGUCCGCCUUCGCCGCGUCUCUGCGCCGCCAGCUCUUCCGCAAGCAUCUCGGCCUGCUCCCGCACCAGCGGCCGGACCGUCCCGACCGCAACUGGACACCUGUCACGCACGACGUCGUCAACGACUACGACUGGGGCUCCCACGCCGACCGGCUUGUGGCCGACCCGCUGUCGCGCGACUUCUUGCGGCUGUGGCAGACGACUGCGCGUCGGAAUACUGACAUCUUCCGCCGCGCGUUCCACUGUGUCCCCGAUGACCGCAUGCGUACUUGGGAGGAGUAUGAUACGCAGUUCUCCAAGCACUUCGUCAUGCCGGGCACGUCGGAGGAGGACGCGAAGAAGGGGUACCAGGAAGGGAAGGUGGAUUAUGGGCAUGUGGUGCCGCAGGAGUUCCCUGGGGGUUUGGAGGAGUUGAAGGACUGGCUUGGUGGGGUUCGGGGUACGCUGGUGGAGAUGCCGCUGCAGUUCUUGAUUGAUGUGCCGGAUUUGGCGGAGGAUGGGUUGACGUUGAAUAGUUUGACGGAUGACUUGUAUACGUAA